AUGCGGGUUGAGGAGGGCCGCAAUGGCCAGGGGGGCUGUUUGCCGGCGACGACCUCGGCCCUCAAGGCCUCGGACGAGGCUACGCAGGGCAUUCAUCACCGCGCACAGCGAGCGCUGGACGACCUGCCGGCUCACUUGCAACCCUUUGCACACCAGCUGUGGGCCGAUCAUGUCCACCCUGCACUCAUUCGACGCCAACAGGAAAGCCUUACCACGCAAGCACAGCUUGCACAGGCUGCUGUGGCCGAUACUGACGCCCUUGCCCAGCUGAGCCACCAAUUGGACGCUCGCCGCGGUCGCCUGGCUGCAGCGCUCGACCAACUUCGCCACCGACGUUGUCGGCUCCGUGCGCAGCGCUGCUGGCAGCAGGUGCGGCGGCAUGUACUGGCCCGUCAGUUGGAGCGGCUCCAGGCCAGUGUUUUACGCAAACGCCAGCACGACAUGGCCAUCGAUCCAGCUUUGCUGCACGAGGAUGAGGGAGCCGCCCCGGCCCGGCGCCUAUUCGGAUCCAACACCGUCACCGUCCCAAACGUUCCCGGUGGCCCUCAACGGCGUGGCCCACGUCAACGGCCCUCGCUCAUCUUUAACAUUAACAAACAAGACGACACCUUCUUCCAGAAACGCCGCCUGCCCCGCCUUUCCGAGCACACGUCCGUCUUUGUUCCACAGCACGCCGCUGACGAUCUUCGCCACCUGUUGGAAGAAGUUAAGGAGGAGGCGGCUGCUCGACAGGCCCAUGUGGCCCAACUUCAGCGCGAGCUUGAGGCCCUGGUACGCUUGGAGCAAGGAGGUAACGAGGAGGAUGUCGUGGGCAGCUGGACUGAUGCCAGCGAACGGGCUGCCCGCGUGCUGCGCCUCGUGACCUCUUUCGAGCGCCUGUUUAGCCAGGGAUUUUUUCGCGAUGCCGCCGUUCUGGGAGUCACGGGCCUCAACGGAACCCUGCGCACACCCCAAACCGCCGAGCGUUUUGCCGACACCCAACAUGACGCCGAUGACGCCUGGGCUAUCUUUGCAGAGGCGCUCCUCCGCCAUCGUCCUACUCAGGCCGAGGUGGUGUGGGUCGUACAACAAGCCCUCUUACGGUCCACGGAAGCUUCCCAUGCGUAUCUCGUUCAAUGGGCACAGCACGGCCUGCUGCAAGGUCAUAGCGCCAUUCUAUGGCUCCUCUGGCUCCACGUGCGCUGCUGCAAUACCCACAGUGGCACGAGCACGGGCACAGCCGGAGGUAACCGUCUCCUUGGCCCCCAUCUCAGCCGACCCCGCAGCCUCUCCAGCUCCGGGGGUACAGAACGCAGAGAUGUGGCGCGGCUGGCCAGUGCGCAUCUACGCGCCAAGGCCAUUGGCUCCUCUCGCCGCCCCUCCACCCGCAUGUCGGUAACCCGCAACAGCACCAUGCUCCUCUCUUCUGCCCGCGCCCGGCGCGAUGCGGCGGCCGCCGACGUCACCGUGCGGCGUAGCCUCUUGCUCACUGCCGUCUUGACUCCCAUAACUGAACCCGGUGAAAUAUCUGCCUCCAUCCUCAUCGCCAUUCCCUCGGAGCUGCAAAAUGUCCCGGCUUUUUGUCAAGAAGCGGACGCACGAGCCUGGCGCUGGCUCUGCGAACCACAGCUUCCCAUGCCAACGGGGCCCAGUGCCCUCUCUGCCACGGCCCUCAUUUCUUUGCUUGAUUCCCUGGCCCCAAUCCCAGGGCUAGGACUGUCCCUAGCGGCUGAUCCUGACAUCCCCGCCUAUGCAACUGCCUUGGCCCGGCGUUUGAUCUUCGAGGCCGUGCACAUUGUCGUAUAA